AUGAUAAAGAAGAAUUGGGUGGAGUUGCCUCCACAAAGUCAAGGUUAUAAGGUUGGUGUCAAUUACUUUUUGGAUGUUGCAUUUACCAAAGGAAAGGUUGAAGAAGAAGAGAGUUUGUGUCCUUGUGUUGUAUGUUGCAAUGAUAGUUGGGAAGUAAGAGAUGUAGUGUAUGACCAUUUAUGUAGCAAAGGAUUUGUAAAGGGGUACACUGAAUGGAUUUAUCAUGGUGAAGAUGAAAGUCUUAUGGAUCUUGAUGGCGAUACUGAUAAUGAAACAUCAUCUCAUGAUGAUAUUGAUGGCUUGCUAUUUGAGACAUUUAAGGAUGUGGUUGAAGGAGGUGGAGUACAUGAAGGGUUAAAUGAAGAUGCAAAGAAAUUUUAUAAAUUAGUCGAUGAUGCAAAUCAAGAGUUGUAUCCUGGUUGUGAAAAGUUUUCCUCGUUAUCAUUCACUAUUCGAAUUUAUUUGUUGAAAUGUCUCCAUGGAUGGAGCAAUGCAUCGUUCACUGCUCUCUUAGAGUUGUUGAAAGAGGCUAUGCUUGAUUUGAACAUCCCUGCCUCUUUCAAUAAAACAGAAUCUAUGAUUAAAGAUUUGGGCUUAGACUAUAAAAAGAUUGAUGCAUGUCCCAACAAUUGCAUGUUGUUUUGGAAAGAUCAUGGGAAAGACGAUUCAUGUCAUAUUUGUGGAGCAUCAAGGUGGAUUGAAUAUCCUGAAGUUGCUAAUGAUCUUGAAGAAUCUAUAAAAGCUCACAAGGUUGUCGCCAAAGUUCUAAGACAUUUUCCUUUGAUUCCAAGAUUGAAAAGACUUUUUAUGUGUUCAAAGACAGCCGACGCAUUGAGGUGGCAUGCAGACCAUCAUUCAAGAGAUGGGAAGUUAAGGCAUCCGACCGAUGCCCAAGCAUGGAAAGAGUUUGAUGCCAAACAUCCAGAUUUUACUCAUGAAACUCGUAACAUCAGACUUGGGUUGGCAAGUGAUGAGUUUAAUCCAUUUAGGACUAUGAGUCUUUCACAUAGCACAUGGCCUGUUGUAUUAACAAUAUAUAACUAUCCGCCAAAUUUGUGCAUGAAGACUGAAAAUUAUUUAAUGUCGUUACUUAUUCCUGGACCAAAGUCACCCGGAAAUGAAAUUGAUGUGCAUUUGCAGCCACUUAUUGAGGAGUGUCGCUACUGCGAAAAUCAGCGCCGGCUAUGA